AUGUCUCCCCUGCUCCUCGGAUUCCUCGUCCUGCUCCUCGUCGCAGGUGAGGUGGCGGUGGUGCCCACCGGCGCGCAGAGGCAGAGCGACGGCGGUGGCAACGACGACAAGGAGGUGCUGGUGGAGCUCAAGCGCUUCCUGCAGGACAACAACAGGGUGAACCGCGGCGCCUACGACGCGUGGCAGGAGUCCGACGCGUCGCCGUGCGGGUGGGCCGGUGUGCGGUGCGACGACGCGUCCGGCCGCGUCACGUCGCUGGACCUGUCCCGCUCCAGCAUCUCCGGCCCGGCGUUCGGCAACUUCUCGCGGCUGCCCACGCUCGCCGAGCUCGACCUCUCCGACAACACCAUCUCCGCGGCCGGGGACAUCGGCCAAUGCCGCGGCCUCGUGCGCCUCAACCUCUCCCACAACCUCAUCAACGGCUCGCUGGACCUGUCCGGCCUCACCAGGCUGCAGACGCUCGACGUGUCGGGGAACCGGCUGUCGGGCGGCGUCGCGGCCAACUUCACGGCGAUGUGCGCCGGCGACCUGGCCGUUUUCAACGUCUCCACCAACGCGCUCACGGGCAAUAUCACCGGCAUGUUCGACGGCUGCGCCAGGCUCGAGUACGUUGACCUCAGCUCGAACAACUUCACCGGCGAGCUGUGGCCCGGCGUCGCGAGGUUCAGGCAGUUCAGCGUCGCCGAGAACAAUCUCACCGGGAGCGUCCCGCCGGCCACGUUCCCGGACGGCUGCAGGCUCGAAUCUUUGGACCUGUCAGCGAAUUACCUGACUGGAAGCUUCCCGGACUCCAUCGCCAAGUGCGCGAACCUGACGUACCUGUCUCUGUGGGGGAAUGACUUCAACGGCUUCAUACCGUCCGGAAUUGGGAGGCUCGGCGCGAUCGAGACGCUGGUUCUCGGGAAGAACAGCUUCGAUCGCCGGAUACCGCUGGCCCUGAUGAACUGUACGAAGCUUCAGUUCUUGGACAUCAGCAGCAACAUGUUUGGAGGGGACGUGCAAGACACCUUUGGCAAGUUUGCGAGUCUGAGGUACCUUGUGCUGCACCACAACAACUACACUGGCGGCAUCGUCACCUCCGGCGUGCUCCACCUACCGCUGCUCGCGAGGCUGGACCUCAGCUAUAACGAGUUCUCCGGCGAGCUCCCUCCUGAGGUGUCUGACAUGAAGAGCCUCAAGUAUCUGAUGCUUGCCCACAACCAAUUCUCCAGCGGCAUACCGGCGGCGUACGGCCGUCUCACCGAACUCCAAGCGUUGGACUUGUCGUAUAACGACCUCUCCGGCGAGAUACCGGCGACCAUUGGGAACCUCACGUCGCUUUUGUGGCUGAUGCUCGCUGGGAAUCAGCUAUCCGGAGAGAUUCCGUCGGAAAUUGGCAAAUGCACCAGCUUGCUCUGGUUGAACCUGGCCGACAACAAGCUGACAGGGAGCAUCCCGCUGGAGAUGGCAAACAUAGGGAAGAACCCCGGCCCGACGUUCGCCAAGAACCGGAAUAGUUCCAGCGUGCUCGCAGGCUCCGGCGAUUGUCAAGCCAUGAGGCGGUGGAUCCCGGCGAGCUAUCCCCCUUUCAGCUUCGUGUACUCCAUCUUGACUCGGGCGAACUGCCGCAGCAUAUGGGACCGAAUCCUCAAGGGAUACGGCAUCGUUCCGGUUUGCACCAACUCCUCGUCGCCGGUGAGGUCCUACACGACCUCUGGAUACGUUCAGCUUUCCAGGAACCAGCUAUCCGGAGACAUACCUCCGGCGAUCGGCGCGAUGGUGAACCUCAGCCUGCUCCACCUCGACGACAACCGGCUCACCGGACAGCUGCCACCGGAGAUCAGCAGGCUCCCGCUCAUCGUGCUGAAUGUCUCGAGAAACAACAUCUCAGGCGCGAUCCCGUCGGAGAUCGGCCGCAUUCUUUGCCUCGAGAUGAUGGACCUCUCCUACAACAACUUCUCCGGCGAGCUGCCGGGGAGUCUGAGCCAGCUCACGGACCUGACCAAGUUCAACGUGUCCUACAACCCACUUCUCACCGGCACCGUCCCCACCACCGCCCAAUUCGGCACCUUCGACGAGCAAUCCUUCCUCGGCGACCCACUCAUUUCAUUCGGGACGGGCACCGGUAAGCAGACACCUCCGGAAGCUGCGGAUGCUCGAAGGCGCGGCAUGACUCCAAGAAGCUUCGCGGCGUGGUUCCUGUUCUCCCUCCUCGCCGCCUUCGUCACCGGUGCCUUCGUGUUCUUCAUGGCCAAUCUGCGUGCGCGGUUCCCUGUGGACCAAGACCCGGACCCCGAGUCGUUCUCGUGCGAGAACCCCAAGUGGAGCUCCGGGAAGUGCUCUCUGCAGAUGUCGACGACGUCUUCGCCACCGUCGGGGUCAUCGUCGUCGGCGACCGGGUGCUCGUCCUCGACGGAGGGGGUGAAGGUGUUCCAGCUCGGCAAGACGGCGUUCACCUACCGCGACAUCGUGGCCGCCACGGGGAACUUCUCGGACGACCUGGUGAUCGGGCGGGGCGGCUACGGCGUGGUGUACCGCGGCGUGCUCCCCGACGGCCGCACCGUGGCCGUGAAGAAGCUGGCGAGGCCACGGGACGGCGACUGCGAGCGCGAGUUCCGCGCCGAGAUGGAGGUGCUCGCCGACCGGAUGGGGUCGACGUGGCCGCACCCGAACCUCGUCGCGCUCUACGGGUGGUGCCUGUCCGGGUCGGCCAAGAUCCUGGUGUACGAGUACCUGGACGGCGGCAAUCUGGAGUCGCUGAUCGGCAACACGGCCGCGUUCGGGUGGGGGCGGCGGCUGGACGCGGCGAUCGGCGUGGCGCGCGCGCUGGUGUUCCUGCACCACGAGUGCCGCCCCGCGGUGGUGCACCGGGACGUGAAGGCCAGCAACGUGCUGCUGGACCGGGACGGGCGCGCCAGGGUGACAGACUUCGGGCUGGCCCGCGUGGUCCGGCCCGGCGACACGCACGUGAGCACGGUGGUGGCCGGGACCGUCGGGUACGUGGCCCCCGAGUACGGCCAGACGUGGCGCGCCACGACCAAGGGCGACGUGUACAGCUACGGCGUGCUCCUGAUGGAGCUCGCCACGGGCCGACGCGCCGUGGACGUGGACGGCGCCGAGGACGAGUGCCUGGUGGAGUGGGCCCGGCGGAUGGCCAGAGAAGGGUGGCGGUCGUCGGAGAAGGCGGCGGCCGUUGGCACCGUGUCCUGGGAGCUCCUGAUGCUCGGCAUGCGGUGCACGGCGGACGCGCCGCAGGAGCGGCCCGACAUGCCGGACGUGUUCGCCGCGCUGCUCGACGUGGCCGCGAGCGGCUACGCGCAAUUCGAAUUCACGUGA